AUGGGGGAUAACGACGUGUUUUCUACAGAUCCUCCGGUUGCCGGUGAAGAAAUUGAAAAGGAAAAAGAACCGCCAGAUGAAGAAACAACUGCUGCGGAUGAUGCUGAGGAAGAGAAGGCAGUCCGCUUGAUGAAUGCUAAGUAUCUAUUGUUGGAAGCUGAAAAGAGUGCAGCUGACGACAGCGAAGAUACACCAAAAGCUGUUGAUCGACAAAAAUUUCGCGAAGAACUGCGAAGAGCAGCCGAUCGAUUCGAAAAAUUUUUGGCAACCCGACCUGAAACAGAAAAAAGGUUCGAAAAACGUCCUACGGCGCGACCAGAGGAUUAUAUCAAUCUACUCCCUGCGCCUAGCCCUGAAGUGGUAGAAGAAGUCAAAAAAUUUCUCCACACAAGCCGUCUUCCUUACGAAUAUGAGGAAGAAGUGUCGACUGAUUCAGAGGAGGAAGAUGAAGAACAAGAAGAUGAAUUUCUCCGAGAAAACUCAGACACGGAAAUCGAAGACGAUGACACUAGUCUGGCCAGCAUACCCGACAGAGAGGUGCAGGUAGAAAUUACCCCUGCAACUCCAGAACAAGCGAAUCAAUCUACCAACUUAAGAGAGCAAUAUUUAACAAUUGGAGUAGAUCCAGCGACUCCUAUCUGGCAAAGAACACUUCUUAGACCCGUACAAGACGUUUACGAAGACCUUGAAUAUGACGGUCCUUCGAAAACUUUUUAUUGGAAAAGGAAGUUGAAGGCAGUAGACAACAAUGUGCCAUCAUACCAAGACCUUCAACAUGUCAAACUUUAA